AAGGAUUUGGCUUUGAAUCUUCGACCUGCUGUAAAAAGGUCACACCUUUAUCCAUUUCAGCUGGCUUCAAUUUGAACACGUCCGUUGGCUCCACAAAAACGCAAAGCAACAGCCCAUUCACAAUUCACAAGACCUGAUAUCGGAGUAGAUCGAGUGGGAAAGCCCAAAGGACCAACAAUAAUAUAGUCAUCCUUGAAAGAAGAGUCUGCCUCCGUUCCAAGAACUCAUCGUCUUCCGCCUCCUCUUCAAGUUUACCUUCCUUCCGCACCCCUCCCCACGAAAAGCAUGUCUUCUACUGGUGCUGUCCAAGUGGUGGUCCGCCUCCGACCUUUGAAUGAACGCGAAUUAAAGGCAUCGACGUUGCCUGUGGUAUCGGCAUCGACCAAUGACAAGACGGUGUCCGUCAUCAGAGGAACUGGCUCUUCCCAGAAACGCUCGCAAUUCGCUUUCGAUAAUGUCUUUACUGCCUUUUCCACUCAAGAAGAAGUGUUUGAGACUACCCUCAAGCCGGUCAUUAAAGAUGUCCUCAAGGGUUUUGAAUCCACCGUCUUUGCCUACGGACAAACCGGCACUGGGAAAACGCACACCAUGGAAGGGUCGUUGGAUCAUCCGGAUAAUUACGGUGUCAUUCCCCGCGCUGCCGAAGCCAUUUUCAAUGAAUUGAACAAUGACAAUCUCAACUACGUGUCGUAUCAGGUCUUUUGCAGUUACCUCGAAAUUUACAAUGAGGAAUUGUGCGAUUUGUUGACCGAGAGCACACCCCAUAGUGCCAGUAGUAGUAGUAGUGGUGCUGGCAAUCGAACACCCCGACGAAACGCCUCUAACAAUAGCAGCAGUGGAGUGCAGCAAAAGUUGGAGAUUAUGGAAGGAAAGCAUGGUCCCUUUUGCCGAGGGUUGUCGGAAAAAGAAGUUGCUACAUCGGCCGAUCUCUUGAGUUUGAUGGAAAAGGCACAACAACAACGAAGAGUAGGAGAGACCAACAUGAACAAACAGUCAUCGAGAUCUCACUGUAUCUUCACUUUGAGAGUCGAAGCCAAAAGACGAUUGGAAGAUGGAGCACUGUUUGAAACCCGAGGCAAAUUGCACAUGGUCGACUUGGCCGGAUCCGAAUGCGCCAAGACAGCUGACAUGGAUGAUAAAGGAAGUCAACAAGCUGCACGAGAACGGGAACGAAUGAACAUUAAUCGCUCCCUCUUAACACUAGGUCGUGUUGUCAAACUGUUGAAAGAACAAAGCUCCAAAAGCAAACCGGGCAAUGUUCGCAUCCCCUAUCGCGACAGCAAACUCACACGCAUUCUGCAACAGGCGCUCGGUGGGAAUUCCAAAACUGUCAUCUUUGCCACGCUGUCUCCGUCCGUGACGGCCAUUGAAGAAUCCGUUUCAACACUCAACUAUGCCCAAGCGGCGCAUGGAAUCAUCAACAAACCAGUCAGUGCAUCCUACUUGUCGGAAGCUACCAAGGCAUCGUCCAUGCUCUCCGGGAUGGAUUCUGCUGGGUCGUCUGGUGCUCAGAGUAUAGAGCAAUGGAAAGAAAUGGAGGUGCGAUUGGAGUACAUGAAGUGCCAAGUGGAAGAAGCCAAGGCAGCGUUGGCAAGAAAACACAUGCAACAACAAGAAUUCGUAGAACGAGCCGAAACUGCCGAGGCAGAAAAGACAAAAAUCGAAGAUAAACUCAUCAUGAUGACUCAAAGAGCGUCGACCUUGGAAGGACAAUUAGCUGAAGCAGAAGGAAGGCUGGAAGAAACAGAACAACAAUUGAAGGAAACGAGGACCUUACUAGACAAAACUACCCUUGUUCUCGAGGCGACACAAAAGACAGAAGACAGUUUAACAAGGGAAGCACUGGCGUUGAUCGAGGCGUUGAAGGAAUCUGUUGCAGAUGGCGAUCAAUUGCACACACUGUUAGUAACGAGUCUGGAGGCGGACGCGACAAGGAGACAAGCGGCAAAACAAUUCAAUUUUUCCAUGGCGGCGCUUUUGGCGGAUGUCAAGGAGGCGUUGGAUGCACUGGCACAGCAAGAAAUCAGUCAUCAUGUGCAAACUACCGAACUCGCAACCACGGCCGCAUCCAAAGACUUGAUCUUUUUGGAAAAGGCAAAAGAAGUUCUACAGACUGCUGUCGCCAACGUGGAAAGUGCAGUGACAAGCCUCAAAGCAACCAUCAACGAAGACGAUGGAAUCGUUCCAAGUGCCACCUCUUGCGCAACAGAUACAGUCACCAGGAUUGGAAACGCCCGAUCGAUUCUGCAGCAAAGCGAGCAGACGUUGGUAGAGCAACUCAAGUCAACGAGGGGAACAAUCGGAGAUUUUGGCAACAAGCUGACAGAGCUAGAGAAACAACAUCUAUCUUGCUCAUCCGAUGCCUUGGCGGCACUGGAGAGCAACGUUGCCAAAUCCAAACAAAAGGUGGAGGAGCUGGUCUUUUCGAGCAAUGCUGUGAUGCACACUGCGAUGGAGGAGAGGAAAACAAUUCGCGAUGCAACUAGGAACACUGUUGAGCUCUGGAAACAGUCAAUGAUUGACAGCGGGGAAGUUAUCCUGAGACAGUCGACAACUCAGCGGGGUGCAGUGGAGGAGACGUCACAAAUGAUGGCCACGGAAAUGCAGCGCCACGCUAACAUAGAACAGCAACUCAAGAGCCAAGAGAGUUUGCUCGAAAACAGCCAAACUGCCAGCACGGCAAAGCAUGAAGCCCAGAAAGAACUCUUGCUCAAGACGCAGGGCAAAGCAGAAGAAUGUCACAAGCAACAAUCGGACCUCCUUUCGGUGUUUGUGCCAAAUCUAAUGAAGGAUGUCGAGUCGCUUGUGUCAAAGAAAGUGCUCGAGGUAAUGGAAGAAGUCAAGAAGGGCCACACGGCGUUUUUGGAAAACAACUUCUACUUGAUGGAGAAUCAUUCGAACAUCACUACGUCCACUUUGGAAACGUUUGUGGAAGCUGGUGCUCUCACAUCGUCACUCCAGAAAGAAGCCGAGGCUGCCAAACAGACGGACACUAGCGUCAUUGCACACUUGGGCGAGACCAAGUCUGUAUUUGCAGAUAUCGAGGAGGCUGUUGCGGCGCAUCAGUCGAAUGUGGAUGACUUUUCGGCCCAGUCCGUGAACCAUUUGAAGGAGUCGGAGGACUUGGAAGCAAAAGCUUUGGAUCUUUGCGAACGACUCAGUGCUGGCGGCAAAGACUGUUCCGAAUUCAUCACAACCAAUGUCUUCAACGCAACCUCGGACGACAUGUCCACCCUGACAAACGCUGGAACGGCAAUUGUUACGUUUACGAACGAUGAUGUCUUGCCGACCAUGUCAUCUGCACUGGAAACAAUAGAGGAGCCUAGAAGUGCAGCCAUGUCCAGCAUGGCCCAAGAGUUCUCGGGAUUAGAAAAGUGCAUUGACUUGGGAAUGACGCGAAUCAAGGUGAAAUCGUCCGUUGCUUGCAGAAUGGCGGAAAAGCUGCAGCAGGGUAUGGAAGCUGCUGAGACCGACUUUUCUUCAACAACCAUCGAGGAACGACGCAAGGAUAUUGCCGAGACGAAGGAUAGUUUCCUGUCCUUCAGUGACGAGCAUGCUGAGUUUGCCAGUGGCAGCAUCAGUCGCUCCGGCGAAGGGUCAACAAAGGCGGCAUCCACGUCGGAAACCUUUGUCAAGACUGAUCUCGCUGCGUUCGAACCAGUCGAAGCUGCACCGGAGCGAGUCCAUAUUCCUUACAGCGAUCAGUUAAGCAGAACUCCAAACGAAGAAACCAUUCUGAAACGGGUUGGUGGCGGGCUUGGUGGUGGCCGAGUGCUGCAAUCCUUGAACCCGAAUCAUGAGAAUGGUGGUAGUGGGAACAACAACAAUCUUAAGGCUCACAGGGCACCCGGUGGCCACGCAACAAUGCCAAACAGCUUUGGUCACGAAAGGAAUGAGCCGCGAAGCGAGACCCUUGCCUGAUGGCACCCGGUGCUCGCCCACGGGGAGGAUUAGCAGUAGAAUGUAGCGUGUUACAGGGAUCCAUUGGUUGCUACCGCAGUAUCUAGCUAUCUAGCUAGACAUGUAUAGUUAUGAGUUGUGGCCUACUGGUAGACUAGCUAGUCAACCCAGAACACGAAAACUUUCAUUGAUAGGGCACCGGUAGGAUCAGCUUCUAGUGAGAAUGGACAAUGGCUUGCACAAAAAGUGUCACUAUGGCUCCCGGAGCAUGUUGUGUCCUCACACAUGAAGGACAUCUGUUUAUCCAUGAAUCUCAAUGAAACCACUAACGUAUUCAGAGAGGUUCCUCUCCAAAAAACAGGCUGGAAGACCGGGGUCAAGAAUUAGCUUCUUGCCGCCAACAGCAGCUGAUUUCCCCUUGUCAACCUUGUUGGAGCAGUGUUCACAACCGGUUUGAAGACCCCCCUGCUGGUAAUGAUUGCUUGCCUGCUUCGUGAUGACCUCCGUAUAGGGCUUCCGAAUGUCUCCGGAGCACUCUCCGUGUUGUACACUGGUAGCAAUUUUUCAGUUGUCCCACCCUCGAGUAUAGGUGAAGACAGACAUCUUGAGAGACUGACUGGGUGCUGGGCAAAUUUGGGCUCUUUACUAAGUGGCCAAUCUCAUACGGUAUGUCCGAGAAGCCUGCAAAACCUUGGAAGGACUAUAUGAUGACUGGGAUCGUGCAAAUGACAACACAUUUCCGACCUUACUGCUCGACAGCAUUGGCUGAUUGAGAGACAUGGUGGCUACCAUGAAUGACCGCAAUGAUCAUGGUUUUGUCACGUUCAUCAAGGUAGUUCAGCAGUGGACCAUUCUCGCAGUCAGGAAAUCCACCAAGAUCGCCAAGGAGAUCAUGAUCUGCCUUGAAGCUUGCUGGGAAGGAGAAAGUGACGAUGAACCGACAACAGAGAGCAGAGUGAGGGGAUUCGGCAGUUCACACAACAACAAAACUACCAAGGAAAAAAUCUGACCUGUUCUCACAAUAGCUCCUACCCCAAGUAACUUCCCUACUAUGAAAACCCCUUUCUCUGUUGAUAGCAGAGCCAAUGGCCAGCUCAGAUGAUUCGUUGAAGCUGGGUCAGCAAUAUUAUGAGUAGGGGCUUCAUCCGUGACAAUCGCUGUUGCUGGAGCCACAAGUGGAUCUGUAGGGUAAGCUUUGGCUCUCCUCAACUUGGCUAGAUUGUCUGGAAUCAAAGUUCCAUCGGCACCGUGCCAGACCUGAUCAUCACUGUAGCUCGAGAUUGUCAGGUUGUGCUUUUUGUGGAAGAAUACAUUAGGUUCCAAAUCAGUUGGUGCAAAGUCAAUGGAUUCAAUAACAUUCUUGUGCCAUCCAUCAGCCAAUUUGGGACUUGUCCCAAGCCCAAAGAGCAUCUGUUUCCAUUUGGAAAAUGAGUUCAUGGUGGAACCAGCAAGGUCAGAUCCUUACCAGUAGGAAAAUCCCACUGUUUGCAAGAAUUCUUGUGGAUGGUGUAGCAAUAUUUUAGCAGCAAAGCUUCCUAAUCAGCUGGAUGACAAUCAAGUAGCUUGCUAUGGUAGGCUCAUAUCGUACUGCUGUUGGCUUUGAGUACUUGCAGGGUCUAGCUAGCUAGCAAGCAAGGUAUGCUAACCAUAAGAAGGAGUCCAAACGCAGCUAUACGAAAGUAAUGUUGUUUCGACAAUCGAUCAUUUAUUCGACUUGACUAAUCGGCUAGUUCGGCCAUCGAUCACUUUCGACC